CAGGCUUCGGAACUGUUGAUAGGUGCCGGUGCACGGACGGAAAGCUUCGUCAAUAGCGAAACAGUAAUAUGUACGAUAAGUUCGAUAUUUUUCUAUACUUUUUUCCCUUCCACAUUGUCUUAAAGUGAGCAGAAACCGAUCUCCAUAUGCAUUAUAUUACAGUAAAAUGUUGUCGCUGAAAAUCGCUCAGAGUUUCUCCCGCCAUUUAGCGGCCAACCGAAUCUCCAAACGAGUGUUACGUUCACCCCCGAUUUGCUCGACCACGAACACAAUAGUCCAAAGGCGCUACAGCAACGACGAUGACAAAUUCGUAAAACCCAACAACUAUAAGGUUUUCAAAGAUGAUGAUUCUUCUGUGAUUCUGGACGUGGAAGAGGAACGGGCUCUCCUGGAUUCCCAGGUUGUUGAUGAAGAUUUCGACGAAGUCGAUCAGUUUGCCGGUUUGGAUACAUCACGUGGUGUGUCAGGCGUAUACGAAGUUGAAGAUCUAGUCGAAGUACUUCAAAAGAACAAUGCUUCAAAUAUUUUCGUUGUGAGCAUCCCAGCCAAUAUAAGAUAUGUUGAUUAUAUUGUUAUUGCAUCUGGCAAAUCACAAAAACAUUUAAUGUCGAUUGUUGAAUUUGUACAUAAACUAUUUAAGAAAAAACGUAAGCCUACGGAUAGCAUACCUCGAAUAUUAAACAAAAAGCCUUUAGACUGGAUUGCUUUAGAUAUCGGUAACAUAGCUCUACAUUUGUUAACGAAAGAAACUCGGAAAAGUUAUGAUUUGGAAACAAUUUGGAGUGUUGGAGAAAAGUUUGACUCUCAUCUAAAUUUGCCUGCAGAUUCAUUGGUCACAUUAUUGAAUGAACAUUCAUUUAGUUUACAAAAUUUAGAACCAGUAGAUAUUGAUAAUGUUAAAAAUCUCUAACACUUACACUAUUUAUUUAAAUCUAAAUAUUUUUCAAACAUAUUUUUAUGGUUGUAU